GCCUCCGUCCUCGCCCGGGCACCUGGCCGGUCACCAGGGCAACCAGGGCCCCCACCCCUCGCAGACGCCAUCCCCGCACCCCCAGCCGUCGCCGCAGCCGCCCUCGCCACAACACCAGUCGUUCUCUAACCGGCCUUCCGGGGAGCCGACAUCCAACGCUCACCCGCCAGACGCAGCUGUGAGUAAUCGCGUUGGAUCGCCCAGGGAAUCGACGACCCCCAAGCCCUCCGACCUGACCGGCCAAAACAGCAAUGACAGCUCGACGGGGCCGGCGCCGGGCACGCCCAACUCCCAGGGCAUGAGACCGACGCCCUCGCCCACAGGGUCCUCAGGAAGUCGGUCCAUGUCCCCGGCAGUCGGCCAACAGAACAUUCCAAUGCCUCCACGCCCCUCAAGUGUCCAAUCAGAUGGUAGCGGUCCCACUCGCAUGAGCUUGUCACCAAUGGCCACUCAAGGCGGAUAUCAGCAGCCCCUGGCGCCCCCGCCGCACAUACACGGGUACAAGAUGGGGCACCCCGGCAUGCCGCCCGCCAUGCCGCCCAGCUCGCAGCAAAUGCCACCCUACUCGCCGCAGCAGGGCCAGCAGUACCCUCAAGGAGGCAGCUACAGUCCCCGGCCGCAGGGCAACAUGCAGUACAGUCCGAACCAGAACUACGGGCCGGGCGCUGGCGGGCCGCAGAGCAACGCGUACCCCAGCAGGCCGAUCCCCAACCACGUGCCGCACUCGCAGUUUGGAUACCAGGGUUGGGGCGCGCCCGGACCGGGCAUGAACCAGGGCCCUCCCCCCAACAUGAUGGCGGGCCCUGGCCCCGGCAACCACGUCGCCGGCAAGAGCCCCAACAACGGGCCUCCCUCGGGGCCUCCCGGUCCCCAGGGUGGUCCUCCGGGCAGCGCGUCGUCGUCCCCGCAGACGCCGCCGCCACAAGGCCCUCCCGGGCCGCCUGGACCGCCAGGCCCCCCAGGCCCUUCCAGCCAGCCCCCGGGGCCCGCGGCGUCACCCGGCAUGAGUCCGCACCCCGGCCCCAGGCCGCACACGCCGCCCCACGGCCACGGGUCCCCUCACGGGCCGCCGCUCGCGGGGCCGCACGGACCGCACUACCUCAAGCAGCACCUACAGCACAAGAUGGGGUUUGGCACCAGCCCCAGUCCAGGCCCUCCCGGAGGACCUCCUCAAGGGCCACCCGGGGGCCCGCCGGGCCCUCCUCCAGGCCCUCCAGGUCCACAAGGUCCCGGUCAGGGUCCCCAAGGCUAUGCCGGUCCCGGUGCGCCGGGUCCUGGUGGUCCUCCGGGCGGCCCGGGAGCGCCCGGUCCCCAAGGCUCUGGCCCUCAGCACGGGUCGCCGAUGGGACCACCGCUAGGACACCACCACCCUGGGCCCAUGGGGCCACCCAUGAGCUCGUCGAGUCCUGGCCCGGGCGGCCCGCCUCCGGGUGCACCGCCUGGCGCACCUCCACCGGGAGCGCCGUCACCUGUGUCGAACAGCCAUGGGCCCCACCCUCACCACGACGGGCAGGGCCCGCCCAUGGGGCACGGCCACCCUCCGGGGCACCCUCCGGGGCACCCUGCAGGGCCCAUGCCGCCGCCCGCGUCCACGCCUAACUCGCACGCGCCGCACUCCAUGUCCAGCGCGCCGCACUCCAUGGCGGACGGCGAGAUGGUGCACGACAACGGCAUCAUGACGACGGCGGCCGGCACGGCGACGACCAACGUGAGCCCCGCCACGGCAAGUCAAGGCGCGGGCCAGGGCGGCGUGACGUGCGUCGUGACGACGGGCCCCGACGGCGCGCCCAUGGACGAGGCGUCGCAGCAGUCCACCCUGUCCAACGCGUCGGCGGCGUCCGGCGAGGAGUCGAGCAGCAGCAAGUCGCGGAAGGACGGGCCGCUCGGCCUGUACCACAACCACCCCGCCUCGGCGGCCAGCCCCGUGGGCGGCGGGCCCGGGACGGUGCCCUCGCCCGGCCCCAGCGCCAUGAACAGCCUCCACGACGACUACGAGAUGGGCGGCCCGGGAGGACCUGGAGCUGGACCCGGAGCGCCCGGAACACCGGGAGGACCCAACAACUGGCCUCGAACCCCUGCCAGCCCGGUGUUUAACAGUCAUGUUGGUGGGCCCGAUCCAUACAGAUCAAAGAAACCAGACAGUUUGGGCAAACUUUACGACAUGGAUGACUCCAAAGAGCGUUGGAUGUGGCUUGACAAACUGCUGCAGUUCAUGGAGGAACGAGGAUCUCCCAUCCAGGCGUGUCCAACAAUCUCCAAGAACCCCCUCGAUCUCUUUAGACUAUAUUUUUAUGUCAAGGAGAGAGGGGGUUUCAUGGAGGUAUGCAAGGUCACGAAAAACAAGACAUGGAAGGACAUUGCGGGUCUCCUGGGCAUCGGCGCUUCAUCGAGUGCGGCCUACACGUUACGGAAACACUACACCAAGAACUUGCUGCCUUACGAAUGCCACUUCGACCGGGGAGGUAUCGACCCUCAGCCCAUCAUCAACCAGGUGGAAGCGGGGACCAAGAAGAAGCCUGCCAAAACCGCCCCAGUGCCAUCACCUGGUUCAUCUAACUCUCAAGAUUCAUUUCCACCACCUGGUUCUGGAAGUACUUCAAUGGAUGGAUACGGCAGCUAUGGCUAUCCGCCAAAUGCAGGACCUGAGUAUAAUGCCCAGCGGCCACCUUCACAAUCAAAUGCUUCCAGCCCCCAUCCAGGUGUGGGUGUGCCAAACCAUGGUGCAGGUGAUAACAUUAGCGUUUCCAAUCCAUUUGAUGAUGGGGCCCCUGGUCAGGGCCCUGGUCAGAGAUCCAAUUCUUACGGACAACCUUUUGGACCCUCAGGCCCCACUCGCACUGGGCCCCAAGGUUACCAGGGUCAAGGAGGCUACCAGUAUCCUGAGCAGUACAACAGAGGCCCUGAAUACAACCAACAAUAUCCUCCUGGAGGCAAUUUCCCAAGCAAUCGACCUAUGUACCCACCAUUCGGCCCUGAGGGCGACAGGCCUCCUUACAAUCAAUCCCCAAGUAGUGGUCAAGGGGGUCCUCCAGGAACCCCAGGGUCUGACCCCUACAACCGGUACCAACCUCCUGGCUAUCAGCCUAGACCUGGGUAUCCACCUGCUCCCCCUUCCAGUCCGGGUACACCACAGCCUCCUGGCCAAGCUGGCGACUACUACAGACCUGAUCAGCCCAGAAGGCAUCCGGACUUUGCCAAGGAUCAGCAGCCUUAUCAACCCUUCAAUCAGCAGAGACCUGCUAUGUAUGGUGGAUGGCCCAACAACACACAGUACAGAGGACAGUACCCACCUCAAGCAGGCACCCAACCCAACUCACAACAAUGGAAUCAACCACCCCGGCCAGGAGCACCUCCAAGUAAUCAGGCUAGUUCUGGCCAAUGGCCGCAAUCACCUUACCAACCCCCACAGAACUCACAGCAGCCUUGGGGACCCAACAUGCCUCCUUCAGGUGUAGGACAGGGUUCUCCUCUGCGGCCACCACUGGGUCCUCAUGCUCAGUAUAGGCCUGACGGGAAACCAAGGCCAGCUAUGCCAGGAGGACCUCCGCCUGGCAUGAAGUUAAUUAAUUCCUUACAGAUGCCCCAACCAUCACAAUCACCUGGUACAAUGGGACGUAUGAAGUCAGAUUCAGCAUUCCCACUGGACAGUGUGGAGGCCACAACACCAGUCCUGUACAAACGGAAGCGGUUGAUGAGAGCCGAUGUAUGCCCUGUGGAAGCAUGGCGGCUCAUGAUGAGCCUAAGGUCUGGGUUGUUAGCAGAAAGCUGUUGGGCCCUGGACACAUUAAAUAUACUUCUAUUUGAUGAUGUGUCUGUAGCAUAUUUUGGCUUACAACACAUGCCUGGCUUACUAGAUGUUCUUCUUGAACACUUCCGGAAAGCUUUAGACGAUAUGUUUGAAUCAUCACCUACUGGAGUAAUAGCUAAUAGGAAAUGGUAUGAAAAGUCAUCUAUAAAAGACCAAGAUGUUGACCUUGGUAGUGUAAUGGAACCCAUAGAUCCAAACGAUAAAACGCAAAUUUUAUCGAGCACAAUGCCAAAUUAUACUCUUGUUACACGCAAGGGUAAACCUGUCAGGAUUGUAAACAGGGACAGUGAGGUGUUUAUUUUGGACACAAAGAAGACUUGGGACGUUGAAGGGGAGGCCUCAGAUUCCAUGGUUGAAAGCGAAGCAGCUGCGGAAGCCCUUGCCACCAAGUACAUUGUACCCUGUUUCCAAGCGGAAUUCCACGCUGUACCUUUUGUACGGUUAAUUCCUGACAAGAUUAGCACAGGCCAAAGCCGGCCACCUUCACCUAAGACUGAACCUCAGGAAAGUGACUGUUCAGACAGUGCUCCCGCAUGUAAAGAAGAAGUGCAACUUUCUAUUACUGAAGGCUGUGUUAGUGAGAAUACAAUUGAAAAGAAAAACUGUGAGAAAAAGAAAAGGACAAAAAGCUUGAGUGAUGUGUUAAAUAGAAUUAAGAAAGAAAAGGAGGAGUUGCUUAGUGCCACAAAGCAGGAUGCGUUGAGCAGGGACCUCAGUGCUAGUGUAAAUGAACAGGGGGGUAUCCAGGUCAAGAGAGAAGAUCUGGGAGUAGGAAAAGCUAAUAAUAAUAGGAGUGAAAAUAGUAAUGCCUUGUCCAAGGACUCAAAUUUGGUGAUAGAAGAAAAUCAUGUUAGUGAAUCUUCGAAAGCGGACGGUGGUGAUUCUGAGAAUAAGUCUGAUAACAGCGUACCAGUAACGGAAGUGAAGUUAGAGCCAAUGGACGUGGACGAAGCGGAGAAGACUGCGCCCGCGAAAGCGGCUGCUGAGGUAGUGGCGGUCGAGGAGGAGCGGCCCUACAUCAGGAUAGGGGACUCGGAGAGCGUGGUGAAGCGGCGGCGCAUGUCGGACUACGAGGACGAGUGCUACACCCGCGACGAGGCCAGCCUGUACCUCGUGACGGACACGCAGGACUCGAUCGCGCGGCGCUGCGUGUGCCUGUCCAACAUCCUGCGGAACUUGUCCUUCAUCCCCGGCAACGAGAUGGAGUUCGCCAAGAACCCCACGUUCCUGGGCCUGCUGGGCAAGCUCAUGCUCAUCCACCACGAGCACCCGCUCCGGACGCAGCGCAACUACGAGCGCGAGGAGGACGCGGACUGCACGGACAGCUGCAGCAGCCUCUCGGGUGACGCCGAGUGGUGGUGGGACUUCCUGUUCCAGCUGCGCGAGAACGUGCUGGUGACCAUGUCCAACAUCGCGGGGCAGGUGGACCUGGGCCAGUACCCGGAGGAGGUGUCGCGGCCGCUGCUGGACGGCCUGCUGCACUGGGCGGUGUGCCCCGCGGCCCACGGCCAGGACCCGUUCCCCACCGUGGGGCCCAACUCGUCGCUGUCGCCGCAGCGGCUGGCGCUGGAGGCGCUGUGCAAGCUGUGCGUCAUGGAGGCCAACGUGGACCUGGUGAUCGCCACGCCGCCCUACUCGCGGCUGGAGCGGCUCUGCGCCGUGCUGACCAAGCUGCUGUGCCGCAGCGAGGAGCAGGUGCUGCGCGAGUUCGCCGUCAACCUGCUGCACUACCUGGCCGCCGCCGACUCGGGCAUGGCGCGCACCGUGGCGCUGCAGGGCGCCUGCGUGUCGCAGCUCGUGGCCUUCAUCGAGCAGGCCGAGCAGGUGGCGCUGGGCGUCGCCAACCAGCACGGCAUCUCGGCGCUGCGGGACAACCCCGACGCCAUGGGCACCAGCCUGGACAUGCUGCGCAGAGCGGCGGGCACGCUGCUGCACCUGGCCAGGCACCCCGACAACAGGCCGCUGUUCCUGCAGCAGGAGCAGCGCCUGCUCGCCCUCGUCAUGAGCCAGAUCCUGGACCAGCAAGUGGCGGCGGUCGUGUCGAGCGUGCUGUUCCAGUGCUCCAGGACGCCCGGGCCCGCCAGGCCCCACCCGCUGCCCGCCAACACCACCGUGGCCGCGACGGCGCCGUCAUAGGAGCGGGGAUCGGUUACGGCCGUGAGAGACUUGACUUGGAUUAGGACAGAACACUAGCCUGUGAUGCUGAAAGCAGAAUUCAGGGGUGCAUGUAAAUAAUGAACUCGUAAUGAAUAGAAUCUUUAUCUGGUUUAUUGUGCAGUCUGUUUAGAGGUGCCACUAACGUGGUCUUGUGAUUUUAAUUAAACCAUACUUAAUGUGUUGGUGGCUGUCAGUCAGUGUUUGCACUAGUGAGAUACUGCCUUGCCCUUUGUAAUAGUGAAUGUCUUAACUCUGUUGUGACUUACCAGAAUUGUUGCGCCUUGAUAUUGUGACUCUUUCUUGGUAAAGUUUUUUUGUAUGCAUGAUUGUAUAUAACCAUCAACUUGACUGAAAGUCCAGUCUGAAGUUGCAUGUCAAUUUUUUUAUUUCCAGUUGACGUACGAUUUGUAAAAAAUAUUUAAUUGAAAGAUCAACUUGCCACUUUCAAAUUUGUGCUAAAAUAAAGAUUGUCGGAAACAAAAGUGACAUGUAGUUUAUUUUUUACCUUCGUGGUCAGAUGGUUGUACACACCAAUUCCCUAAACAAUUUUGCCACAAGCCUUUUAAUGGAACCAUGUCACAUUUUACAAAGUUGCUUACCAUGAAUCAAACAGAAUGUGUGAUGUGAGGGAGAGACAGGUCUCAUGUGUAUGUAUGUGUGGAUGAGGGUGGAAGAGAUUGAGAAUAUGUGUGUGUGUUUGUACUUGUACAGAGAGUCCAUCUAAACCAGGGAUGCGUACUGACAUUGAUUGAUAUUAGUAGAUAUGUUUACUGGCUGAGUAACAGUAUCGAUAGUGUGGUACAACUUCUUUUAGGGUUUAUUUCCAAAUGAAGCAAAUAUUGUACUAUUGUAAAGCUCAUCCCAUACAUUGUCAAAACAUCUGUGUUAUUUGUAAAAAAGAGAACUUAAUGCUGAUCAUUGUAUUUAUUAUGAUUGUUUUUAAUGAGAAAGUUAUGUGCAUUAACUUUGUCUACUUGCGUAAGGGAUGACAAAUUGCAAUGGAUGUGGUAGUAGUGUAAGUGAGCUGGAAUUUUUGUUACUCUCGUUCCCUUGUUUCCAGAUACCAUUUUUGUUCUGCUGUUGAAUACUCAGUUGAUAGCAGAUAAUGAAUUCCUAUUGAUUGAAGAUGGGUAGUCCUUCUAUGCCAUCUUUUUUAUUACUUCCAUUGCCACCUCAUUAAUUUCAUAUUUGGUAUUUACUUGUGAAAAUGCUUUAUAUAUGUCUGAAUACAGAAAACAAGAAAUAAAUGUACAUAAGUACUAAAAACUUGAAACCAA